AUGUCACAGCCAGACCAAUUCCCCAAACCUGGCCAACAACCUGAUACUCAAAGACCCAAGUCUCCGGCUUCGGCGCCGACAUCGGGCAUCCUGGCUUUCCAUAUAAACAGAGCAAGAGAACAAGUCAAACUCCAUACUCAGGGUCGAGGACCUCCAGCCAGUGCCAGUGCUGUUGCCAGAGGACCUGAAAAGCAGAAUGUUCCAAUCACACAGAAUACCUUGGAUUUGCAUUCUCGUAUGCCCAGAAGAACCCCUCCUCCAACCACUGCCAAACCUGAAGUAUGUGUUCCAGCUAAAAGCCACCAAGGAACCUGUGAAAAUCCCCAAUGUGGCCACUGUGGAACCGUCAUUAUCCCGCUGCCGAAAGCCUCUUUUCCAUUUGAACAGAACCCGCUGAUUACCGUGAACGACUGGAGCAUAUAUACCAUGAAGGGGCCCAUUCUUCUGCUGGACGAAUUGGACCACCUCAAUGAGACGAGAUUUGAAUUUCCCUUGCCAGAGAUGAUUUUUGGAAACAACUACGUGCGUCUUGUCAACGACAAAACCGGCGCUGCCAUCGAGUUCAAUACCCUAGAUGCUCUAGAUUCGCUUAAUGAGAACGCAGACUUUAAGGUCAGCUACUACAAGGAAUGGCUCAGCACGCGACCCAAGGCUAAGGCAGAUGCAAGCGAUACUGCUUCAGAAAAUUCAGCUCCGGAACUUGAGUCGGUAAAGCCGUACGACUGGACAUAUUCGACCAAUUACAAGGGUUCUUUACAUGAGGCCGAGUUUGAGCCAACAGACCUGGAAAUCCCAGUCAAAAAGCUUCUCCGGCCAGACCCGAUAUUAUUCUUUGACGAGUCCAUCUUGUUUGAAGACGAGUUGGGCGACAACGGUAUCUCAAUGCUUUCCACCAAGAUCAGAGUCAUGCAUCUGUGCUUGCUUCUAUUAUGCCGAUUCUUCUUACGUGUCGACGACGUGGCUUUUAGAAUCAGAGACACACGUAUUUUCAUUGACUUAGAGACUAACGAGGUGUUGAGGGAGUACAAGACCCAGGAUGCACUGUAUGAUGAGUUAUGCCAGAAAUUGCCCAGAACCGCUGAUCCCAAAAGGCACUUGCGUGAUGCUGGCUGGGUGUCGCAGAAUAUGCCUGUAGUGGGCCGUGAUAUCGAGACUUUGAAGACGAAAGAGGUGAAGACGGGUGAUGAGACGAGGAAGGCCGAAUAA